GGGUUGAUGUUCUUAAUGGUGAUGUUCGCUCUAGGAACAAUGGCUGCUCCAAUGGCUACUGCUACUAGGGUUGACGUUGCUCAGCUGCUCGCUGCCAUUGACAUACCAGCUAGAAAGGCUACUACUGGGGACAGUAGCUGGUGCGAUAACUGUGUCUGCACAAAAUCAAUUCCUCCAUAUUGCAGUUGCUCGGUUGCUUCUCUUUGCCCCAAAUGCGUCUGCUACUUAACUGUCUCUACUGCAUUUCAGAAAUUGUGUGAAUCUCUCGCAACCAAAUUGGUCAAUUUCUGUCCUCCCAUUGUCACAACUACUGAGAGGACCUAAGCAAGCAG